GCCACUGCUGUGCUUCUGGACCUUCCCGACUCUGAUGGGGAGGUCCAAGCCAAGAAGUUAGGGAAGAGCUGCGCCUUUGCCCCAGCUGAUUGGACCCGUCUCCUUGUCCCUUUUGGCCUGAGCCAUCGGUCCAGCACUGUGGGAGCACCUGCAAUAAGGAAUGUACAAAGCCUGGAUCCCCAGCAGUGGGGAUUGGAAUUGGAUAUAUCAGAAUCUCCUGGAGGGGGUGACCUCAGAGAAGGACGUGCAAGCAGCCCUGACUCUAGCAAAAGAAAAGUUUGGCCGUGUGGAUGUGGCAGUCAACUGUGCAGGCAUUGCAGUGGCCAUAAAGACAUACAACUUAAAGAAGAAUCAGGCCCAUUCCUUGGAGGACUUCCAGCGAGUUCUCAAUGUGAAUCUCCUCGGCACCUUCAAUGUGAUCCGCCUGGUGGCCGGUGAGAUGGGCCAGAAUGAGCCAGACCAGGGAGGCCAGCGUGGGGUCAUCAUCAACACUGCCAGUGUGGCUGCCUUUGAGGGCCAGGUUGGACAAGCUGCAUACUCUGCUUCCAAGGGGGGCAUAGUGGGCAUGACCCUGCCCAUUGCUCGGGAUCUGGCUCCCAUGGGCAUCCGAGUGAUGACCAUUGCUCCAGGCCUAUUUGGCACCCCGCUGCUCACCAGCCUCCCAGAAAAAGUGCGCCACUUCUUAGCCAGCCAGGUGCCCUUUCCCAGCCGACUGGGUGAUCCUGCUGAGUAUGCUCAUCUGGUACAAGCCAUCAUCGAGAACCCAUUCAUCAAUGGAGAGGUCAUCCGGCUGGAUGGGGCCAUCCGCAUGCAGCCUUGAAGGGAGAGGGCAGAGAAAACACAUGCUCUUCUCUCCCUGCUUCCCUUGGAGUACUUUACUGCAGCCUGGGAGGAAGUCCCACAGUCAUCUUGUAACUCUGCCCAGCAGUCACACUCUGUGCCUAAUAAAGUCUAUUUCUCACACGGAGCA